CACCUUAGCGGGAUGUCAACAAUUUCUUCCGGGUUCACACACUCACUCGCAGAGGUUGAAGAUGAAUCUAAUGAAGGCAUAAUUUUGUACAUAACUGCGUUUCCCCGGUGAAAUUGUACGUGUAUUUCUGCAUUCAGAAGGUUUGUUAUACGUUAUUUCUGUGACGCUGCUGUUGGUUUAGCUAGUAGCUCCGUGUUAGCUGAACAUGUCUGCGGAGGAAGCGGACAAAACAACCACCACUGACGCCAGCGCUGGAGAUGAGGAGGAGGAAUGGUUAUAUGGAGAUGAGUCUGAGAGCAAAGAUGAGGACGAAGAAGGCAAACUGAAUGCUGCAGUCAGUGCACCUGCUGAUGCUUCAACAGAGGAUGAUGCUGCUGCACACGCUACAGGAAAUGGAGUGGCCUCCGAGGCGACAGGUGAAGCUGCAGGUGAGGACGUUGACAGUGACAGCGACAGUGAUGAUGAUGAUGAUGAUGUCCGCGUCACCAUUGGAGACAUUAAAACUGGAGCACCACAGUACACAACUUAUGGAGCUCCACCUGUCAAUCUCAACAUAAAGACGACAGGCUCCAGACCUUAUGGACAAGCCUCCAAGAUGAAGGGAGUGGAUCUGGAUGCUCCUGGAAACAUUAACGGGGUUCCAGUGCUGGAGGCAGACAUGGAGUCCUUUGAGGAGAAACCCUGGAGGAAGCCAGGAGCGGAUCUGUCAGACUACUUUAACUACGGCUUCAAUGAAGACACAUGGAAGGCUUACUGUGAAAAACAGAAGAGACUGCGGAUGGGCCUGGAGGUCUCUACUGUCGGCUCGGUGACGAGCAAGAUCACUGUUCAGCAAGGCAGGACAGGUAAUGAGAAGGACAUAUCCACUUUGCCUGUUCACACCUCCAAGCCAGACUUCACAUCUCCUGUCAGCAUGUACAAGCCUGCUGUCAGUCAGGUCCCCAGGAUCUCUCCCCCUCAAUGGCCUGGCCCGCCUCUUCAGGACAUGUCCUAUUAUACAAAUCGAGACUCAUCAGACCAGGCAACAUUUUUCCCGUCUUCAACUGUCCAAUUUUGGAAGACGAGUGGUACUAUAGACGUGAUAGGUGGAGGGACGGCCACCAUCAGCAGGGUCGAAGGUCGACGCAGACACAAUCUAGAAGGCAACAAUAUCCAGGUGAUCGCUGAACAAUCAGACGCUGAGCCGACUCCAGCUAAGAUUCCCACCUUCUUCCCUCCUGGACCACUUCCUCCAAACAUACCCCCGCCUCCUUUCCUCCCUCCACCACCCAAUGUCAACACUGCACCCCCACUCAUCCCCCCACCCAGGUUGCCCAUUACUGUCCCUCCCCCUGGUUUUCCUCCUCCACCUAGCGGGCCCCCUCCUGCUAUCAUCCCCACAAUGGACAGUGGCCACCCUGGAGGUUAUGAUGGACGCUCUGUCCCUCCCUACCCUUUCCCUCAAGGUGCAUACCCUCCACCCAUGGCUGGAGGGGUGCCUCCUCCUUGGCCCCCCAUGAUGGACAACUCUAAACCCUGGGACUACUAUUCCCGUCGAGAUGACAAGAGAGAGAAGGAAAGAGAGAGGCCCAGAGAGAGAGAGAGGACACAUGAACGGGAGAGAGAGAGGGAACACAGCCCUUCAGCUAUGGGCUACACCAGUGAAGAGGAGCGGUAUCGUUACCGCGAGUACCAGGAGCGUGGUUAUGCAGAGCGACAUCGUGAGCGGUCGAGCCGAGAGAAAGAAGAAAGACACAGAGAGAGACGGCACCGAGAGAAAGAGGAGGGUCGCCACAAGUCCUCUCGCAGCAGUAGCAGGAGAAGGCACGACAGCGAGGAGGGCGACAGCCACCGGAGGCACAAACACAAGAAGAGCAAGAGGAGCAAGGAGGGCAAAGAGGCCAACGAAGAGAUCAGCGCAGACCAAGAGAACCAGGAGGCCAUGGAGUAGUGAUCACCACCUCCUGUUUUUCCUUUCUCUGUCUGUCUCCGGUCCUGUCUGUCCCUCCGUGUCCGUGUCCCACCAAGAUGAGAAAGAAGGAAAGGGAAAAGAUGAGCACAGACCAACACAACCAUGAUGUCGCAGAGUGAUCAAUGCGUCCUGUCACUCCCCUCUCCAUCAAUCUCAAUCCUCCUCCAUCCUGCUGUCGUUCAUCCUCACCAUCACUUCAGGCAGAGAAUGGAUGGAGCAGAGGAGGUGGUAAAGGAGGGAUGGUCGUCCUUUUUACUUUAUCUGUCUUUCCAUCACUAGCUGACAUCAGACAGGACAUCAAUCUGUCUUCAUCCCCCUCCUGCUCUCCUCUGCUCCUCAUCCCUCCUCUCAGAGCACUGUUGUAACAAUAAGGUCAUGCUCGGAGAUUUCACUGUAUAGUCAUGACGAUCUGCAGAUUUAGCUCUUUUUUUUGUCAUUUGUUUGUUUGUUCUUGUCUCGUAUGAAGACAUCUAUAGACAGCUGUCGGUUUAAGUUCAAUUAAAAACCCUUUUGAUAAGA